AUGGCCAAGACCGUCAAGAGCGACGCCAAGAAGGCCGCCAAGAAGGCCGCCGCCGAGCACCAGAAGAAGCUCGAGGCCACCGUCAAGGCUGCGUACGAUGUCGACCCCGCCACCGCGCUCGCGCCGUUCCUCGCCAGGCCCUUCUCCAAGAACGGCAUCGACGCCGUCGCGGCCCCGUCCACGGUAAAGCAGCUCAGCGCAGACGACAAGAAGUGGAUAUGGAAGCUCCUCGAGGGCAACAUGCGCCCGGUGUUCGGCGAGGAGGUCUGGAAGGCACGCGAGGGCAAGGACAAGAAGAACGAGAUGGUCGACGACGACGCUCGAUACAUCAUCGUUCGAAGCGCACCGGCCGCUGACCCGGAGAACGCGGAUCCCAACGGACCGGCAGCCCCCGGCGAACCCCUCGGCUUCGUCCACUACCGCUUCGUCAUCGAGGAGGACGUCGCGGUGAUGUACGUGUACGAGCUGCAGCUGGACGCGAAGGCGACCCGCAAGGGGCUGGGGCGGUACCUCAUGAUGCUCUGCGAGGCGCUCGCGAAGAAGGCGAGCGUGUCCGGCGUGAUGCUCACCGUGCAGAAGGCGAACGAGGGCGCCAUCAAGUUUUACACCGGGUGCAAGUACGUCAUGUCGGUCAUCUCGCCGACGAAGGUUGAGCCUUGGGCCGCCGACGAGUACGACUAUGAGAUUUACAACAAAAUUUGGGACGCGGACGCGUUGAAGUACCUCGAGAGGAGCGCUCGCGUGCAGUGGGCCGAGAAUAAGAAGAUGUUCGAUCAGGCGCAGAUGUUCGUGAUGUCCAACGAGGAGCUGAACAAGGAGUUGGGCAAGGAACUCGCAGCCGCCAAGUUGGCGGAGGCGUCUGCGUGA